AUGACUGAAAAACAAGCACACCAUACUGCAGUUAAUUCUUUUGAUCAAAACCAUUCCGAUUAUCACACUUACCGGCCAGAGUUCACUCCAGUGAUUGUUAACCCAUUGCUAGUUGAGCUUAAUCUUGCCACCAAAGAUGUUGAUGGAGAUCACAUAUUUGACACUUCAAAAAAGAUUGUUGAGAUUGCCGCGGGCACAGGGAAAUUUACUAAAAAUCUCGUUGCCAACGGAUGGGCCGACAAUUUGACAAUCAUUGAACCGUCAACGGGAAUGUUGGAAUCAUUUAAAAAGAAUUUCCCAAACAUUAAAGCAGUUCAAGCUUCAAGUUAUGCAAUCCCCAUUGAAGAUAGUUCCGUAGAUGCCGUUAUUAUCGCGCAAGGGUUCCAUUGGUUUGCUGAUGCAGAUAGCUUAAAAGAAAUUAGUAGAGUCUUGAAACCGAACGGGAAAUUGGGCUUGAUUUGGAAUUUUGAUGAUACUUCCCCUUCACAGGAUUCACAAGCUGCUGAAAGCAAAUUCUACGAUGCAGGUUCUCGUUACUUCAACACGACGGAUUUCAAAGGUAACAAUCAAGAUGUGUUUAAACAAUUCUUUGCAAACCAGAAAUGGAACCAAGAAGUUACACAAUACAUUUAUGGAUUUGAUGUGAAUGUUCCACAAUACAGGCAUGGAAAGUGGAGACAGAUUUUUAAAAAUGAUUCAUACUUCAAGAAUGGGAUUCUGGAUUCAUUUGCAAUGUAUGAUCUUGAAAUAGAAAAGCAAAAUGUAUGGAAAUACUGGGAGACCAGAAGUUACAUAACCGACCUAGGUGAUGAGGUAAAACAGAAGAUUAAACUACACGUUGAAAAGUUAAUUGAAGCGUACCAACAGGAUAACAGCUUUUCCGACAACAAUAAAACACGUUUAAUUAAGCCCAUGGGUACCCACACUGCAGUACUUACCGUAAAUAAAUAA